AUGCCAGGCUAUCGUGUAGUAGGUGGACAUGGAUAUACUGUUGCACGCGGUUGGGUACGUUUCGGCUUGAAAGUGACAACUUCCACAGAUACAACUAUAUGGAAACAACGGGGAACAUGUUAUCAUGGUACUAAUAAUAAGACUAGUCGAUCAAUUAUCAGCAUCGGCCAUUUAUUAUUACCGGGUGAUAAAUUAUUAGACAAUACAGUUGUAGAAUCAGUAUACGGUUCAAAAGAUUAUUUUUAUACAUCUCCAUCAACAGCAUACACUGCAUCACGUUUAUUUCGUUUCAAACAUAAUUAUAUAUCGAAAAAUAGUGGAAUGUAUAAAGUACAAUUAAUUUUAAGAUGUAAACAAAAACCGGGAACAUUUCAACGACAUUCAGUAGUUAUUCCAAUUACGGAUCCAUACAUAUCAUCGGAUAUAAUUGAAUGGUAUUCAAGUAUAGCAACAGCAGCUAUACCGUAUAGUGCUAUGGUACGAAUUAGAAAAGCAAAAUAA